UUUUCUUUUAUACUACUAGCUUGUCCUCGAUCUGACUUAUGAAAAAAAUUUUUUUUGAAACCUCUUUAUUGGAGAGAGUUGAUGGAUCUUGCGUAUAUAGGGAAGGUUUAAAUAAAGUUGUUUGUUCUAUUGUGGGUCCUUCUGAGAUAAAAACAAGAGAUGAUGCACUUGGAGAAGCUGUAUUAGACGUAAUAAUAAGGUUUAAUAUAGGAUUAUAUGGUGCAAAAGAAAGACAAAUAGAACAAACCAUCCAUAAAAUUGUAUCAGCAACAAUUAUACGAGCAAUGUAUCCUCAUACACUGAUUCAAGUUAUUAUUCAAGUUAUUUCUUGUGAUAAAUCUGAAAAUACAGCAUCAUUAUUAGCUACUAUGUUAAACGCAACAAAUAUAGCACUAAUUGAUUCAGGGAUAUCUUUAUUAUAUACAUUUUCUGCAAUAUGUUUUGCAGUUAUUAUAAAAAAUAAGGAAAUAAGUAUUAUUGCUGAUCCAGCACAGAAAAUAUUAAAUGAAUGUAUGAGUACACAUGUUAUAUGUUAUUCUUUUCCUGAUGAAAAGCUUCUUUCAUGUGAAAGUAUAGGGCAUUUUACAGAGAAUGAAUUUUUUGAAAUACUUUUAAAGGCGAAGUCUUCAUGUAAAAAUAUUUAUUAUGAAAUAAAAACAAGAAUGACAGAGAAAAUGAUACAAGAAAAUCGUAAAUGAAUUUAUAUUGAUGAAAAUAUUAAUGAAAAUAUUAAUGAUAUAUAAU